AUGCAGAUCUCCAUAAAGACGUUAAAGGGAAAGAGCAUAAACCUAGAGGUUGAAGAUAGCUCCAACACUAUCGACGUUAAGAUCCAUGGGGAGCCGAUGAGUGAAUUAGUUUUGCGACUUGGUCCUUCGGGUCGUAGUGAAGCAGCCAUGCAUAUAUUUGUAGUGACUCUUAACGGCACGACCUACACCCUCCAGGUUAAGAGAUCCGUUACCAUUGGAAAAGUUAAGACUAAGUUGGAGGAGAUUAGUGGCACUCCAGCGGACCAGCAGGCGAUGAUAUUUCAAGGCAAGUCGCUUGAGGACAGUUGGACUAUAGCCGAGUGCCAUAUCAAGCAUGAGUCGACCAUUCACAUGAUGCUUCGUCAAUGCGGUUGCUAA